AACAUACGAGGCACUCUUAUGUCUCACUUUAUUUCAACCAUAAAAUUUAUUUUGAAAUGUACAAAACCAAAUAUUUUUAACGUGCACAUGAAAAACUCAACGUCACAGAAACUCGGCCUACCUCCGUCACUCGCUUAUGCAGCUCGCAGCUAUUCAUUAACAAAUGUAUGUACAUACAUAUGUAUACAUGUAAAUAUUAUGCUCAUAAACGCUGUCUUGAGCUUGUGCUGUGCCGGCGCUCCAAUCAGUUUGAAUUUAGCAGUGCGCGCCAACGGCAGUCAAUUGCUGAGAAAAACAAUCGGCAAUAAAUGGAAUACGGAAAAACAAAUAAAAUAAAACAAAACAACAACAUAGCGUAAAAUUAAAUUAAUCCAACAAAUUGUUGUACUUAAAAGAUCUAUACAAAAAAGCUACCGUCUCAAAGUUUUCAACUAAAUGUAUAGCUUCAAAGUUGCCCACCCGGUGUUGCUCUCUUCGAAAUCUUUGUGGUGUUUUCCACUGCUCAAAAUUUUCUGUUCUACAAUCGCUGCAUGAGAUCAAUCUUCAGGGAUCAUACAAAUGCCAAUUCAAUUGCUACAUUCAAAUUAUACACGAACGUACUUGAGUUUACCGCUGAUUGUUUUUAGAUAAACACUUCCAUAUUCCGUACGUAUGUAAAUAAUAAAUAAAUUCCCAAGCAAAGUUCACUUUCAGUAUUUUGCAUCAGCAAAAAAAAAAAUACUAAAACAUCAGCAGUUGAUAAACGCCUCAUUGUCAAAGCUUUGACAGUUGCAUCCGCUGAUUCUCAAGGUCAAUACAUUUAAACGGGAAGGCAAAAUAAUAAAUAAGGAAACAUAUAUACAUAUAUAUUUGUACCAUCAACACAAAAUGAAAUUCAUAAAAUUAUUAUGUCUGCUACUAACACAAAAUGCACUCAUCAACAUGCCACAAAGUAAUGCUGAGACUAUGGAGGAGAAGCGUCCACAUAUUAUAUUCAUUUUGGCCGAUGAUUUGGGUUUCAAUGAUGUCGGUUUUCAUGGUUCAGCACAAAUUCCAACACCAAAUAUCGAUGCUUUGGCCUUUUCAGGGCUCAUCUUGAACAAUUACUAUGUAAAUCCCAUAUGUACUCCGUCCAGAUCGGCGUUGAUGACGGGAAAAUAUCCAAUACAUACAGGCAUGCAGCAUACUGUACUGUACGGCGCUGAACCACGUGGUCUGCCCUUGACUGAGAAAAUUUUGCCACAAUACCUGAACGAGUUGGGUUACUCCUCUCACAUAGCCGGCAAAUGGCAUUUGGGUCACUAUAAAAGUGUUUAUACACCAUUACAACGUGGCUUUAAGACACAUGUGGGUUUUUGGACGGGUCACCAUGAUUACUUUGAUCAUACAGCUGUGGAGCAUGGCAUGUGGGGAUUGGAUAUGCGCAAAGGCAUGGAUAUUGGCUAUGAUCUACAUGGCAAAUAUACGACCGAUAUUGUAACCGAUGAGGCAGUUCGCGUUAUUGCUGAACAUAAUGCUACAGUAGAGCCACUCUUUCUCUACGUUGCGCACCCAGCGGUACACUCAGCCAAUCCCUACAAUCCACUACCAGCGCCAGAUGAAGCUCUCGCUAAACUGGAUCACAUCGAUGAUGUGAGAAGGCGUAAAUUUGCAGCAAUGCUCACACAAUUGGAUGACUCAGUCGGACGUAUCGUAGAGGAGCUACAAAAACGCAAAAUGCUGCAAGAUUCGAUUAUCGUAUUUAGCACAGACAACGGCGGUCCACCGCAAGGCUUCAACUUAAAUCACGCCUCCAAUUGGCCAUUACGCGGCGUCAAGAACUCAGUGUGGGAGGGCGGUGUACGUGGCGCUGCCUUGCUGUGGUCACCGCGUCUACAAAAGCGACCACGUGUCGCUGAACAACGUAUGCACAUCGUCGAUUGGUUGCCAACACUGUUAAGCGCGGCGAGGGGCGCCGAGCACAACGAGCAGCUUCAUAACUCAAGCGCUGCACUGGACGGCGUUAGUAUUUGGGAUGCGCUUGUGCGAGAUGAGCCAUCACCGCGUCGCACUAUUCUGCAUAAUAUCGACGAUAUUUGGGGUAGUGCCGCGCUGACAAUGGGCGACUGGAAGCUAAUCAUUGGCUCUAAUUAUCCAACAUGGAAUGGUUGGUAUGGUCCGGCGGGAGAACGUGAUGCUCGUGCUUAUGAUUUGAAAAUGUUACAACGUUGUCGUGUCGGUCAUGCUUUGGCCAGUUUGAAUAUGACGCCGGCUGUUGCGGAGGUUAUACGUAUGCGUAGUGCGGCAUCGGUUAACUGUGUAAUGGAGGCACCUCCCAAUGCGUGUGAUUACAAAGCAAAGAAGCCAUGCCUGUACAAUGUGAGGGAUGAUCCUUGUGAAUACUACAAUCAGGCCGAGAAAUAUCCAAAUAUACUUCGCACACUUUUGGACGAACUGAAACGUUUCAAUGAGACUGCCAUACCCGCCUCCAACAAGCCAGAUGAUCCAAGUGGCGAUCCUCGGCUGCAUAAUUACGUUUGGACAAAUUUUGGCGAUUUAGUGCAAAGUGAAAUUAUUGAUGAAGUGAAGUGAUAGUGAAAUGAAAGUGAAAAUACAAUAAUUUUGUUUUUA